AUGUGUGAUAGUGGAUCGUCAGAGAAACGGGCACGGAAAGGGAGUUUGGGGCUCCAGGGCACAGGCGAGAUGCUCGAACAUCUUACGAUGUUCUCAGAGGAGGCGGAGUCGAAAAAAAAGAGAGCACUGAAAGAGGAUAAAGAUGAUGUUCCUUUAAAGAGGAGAAUUUUGGGGACUGGGAGUCGUAAAGAAAAGAGUAGAGAUGAGGAAUACCAAGAAAAAGACAAGAAGGAACACGAUGAGAGAGCGGGCGAGGAAAAAAAGGGCGAGAAAGCAGAAGGGAUGGAAAAAAGGGGCAAGUCAGAAAAGAGCAUGGGAGCAGACGCCAACCGAAAUGGGGGCCAAGAUUGUAACGAAGUUUGUCAAGACGACAACAAAGAAGGUGGGAAAGAGGAAAAUGUGCGGAUUACUCGUCCUGAAGAUCCCUGGUGCAACAUUUGCGAAGAAAACAUCGAGAACACAGCAAUAAUAGACCACGGCCAUAACAACCAAUAUUUCGAACGGAUCGACGUUGCAGGUCAACGUUUAAAAGAAUCUGCGGCUUUGACUCAAUUGGAUAUUCCAGCAAUCAAAGUGUUAACUCUUGCGCCUCAAUUGAAACGCGAAACAGCACGCAGGAUGGACAUCCGUUGUCUUGUUGUCUUGGAGUGA